AUGCUUCUUACAGAUCCAAACAAUUAUUACCGGAGACGAAAUGAAGUGACCACAACAGACAACCUGGACUUCAGACACCACAGUUAUAAGGAGAUGAGACAGCUGAUGAAGGUGGUGAAUGAAAUGUGUCCGAACAUCACGCGCAUCUACAACAUCGGCAAGAGCUACAACGGACAGAAACUCUACGCCAUCGAGAUCUCAGACAACCCUGGAGAACAUGAGCUCGGUGAGCCGGAGUUCCGCUAUACGGCUGGUUCUCACGGUAACGAGGUUCUGGGCCGGGAGCUGUUGCUGCUGCUGAUGCAGUUCAUGUGUCAGGAGUAUCUGAGCAGAAACACACGCAUUCGGCGGCUCGUGGACGAGACACGCAUCCACCUGCUGCCCUCCGUCAACCCCGACGGCUACGAGAAGGCCUGCGAAGCGGGCUCGGAGCUCAGCGGCUGGUCUCUGGGCCGCUGGAGUCAGGACGGUCUGGACAUCCAUCACAACUUCCCUGAUCUCAACUCGGUUCUGUGGGAAGCAGAAGCCCGGAAAUGGGUCCCGCGCAAAUUCCACAACCACCACGUGCCCGUCCCGGACUGGUACCGCUCCACAAACGCCACCGUGGCGGUGGAGACGCGCGCUCUGGUGUCGUGGAUGGAGAAGAUCCCGUUCGUGUUGGGAGGGAACCUGCAGGGAGGAGAGCUGGUGGUGACGUUCCCGUUCGACCGCACGCGCUCAGUGACGGCGCUCCGCGAGGCCACGCCCACCGCUGACGAUCACGUGUUCCGCUGGCUGGCCUUCUCCUACGCCUCCACUCACCGGCUCAUGACCCACGCCAGCCGCAGGGUCUGCCACACCGACGACUUCGCCAAGGAGGACGGCACCAUCAACGGAGCCUCGUGGCACACGGCCGCAGGAAGUAUGAAUGACUUCAGUUACCUGCACACUAACUGCUUCGAGCUCUCCAUGUUCGUGGGCUGCGAUAAAUUCCCACACGAGACCGAACUACCGGAGGAGUGGGAGAACAACCGCGAGUCACUGCUCGUCUUCAUGGAGCAGGUGCAUCGUGGGAUCAAAGGUGUCAUCAGAGACGUUCAGGGCAAAGGAAUCGCUAAUGCCAUCAUCGCUGUGGACGGAAUCAGUCACGACAUUCGCACAGCGUCUGACGGUGAUUACUGGCGUCUGCUGAACCCCGGGGAGUACCGCGUGACGGUCCGCGCCGAGGGCUUCAGCGUCAGCAGCAAGGUUUGCUCGGUGGGAUACGACAUUGGUGCUAGCAGGUGCGACUUUGUGCUCGGCCGCUCCAACCUGUCACGCAUCAAAGAGAUCAUGCAGAAGUUCAACAAGCAACCAAUCAGCAUGAGACAGCGACUGAGACAGAGACACCUGCUGGACACAUAGAGAGGUGUGUGUGUGUGUGUGUGUGUGUGUGAGAGAGUGUGUGUGUGAGUGUGUGUGUGUGU